AGCCCAGCUCCACAGUGACUUCCUUGCUCCCUGCCACACACGACUGGACAGCCGAAAACAGCGGCCCCACCAUGAAGCUACUGACGGUCCUCCUGCUGGUGGCCCUUCCUCUCUACUGCUCUGCAGGUUCUGGCUGCCAAAUAUUGGAGGACACAAUCGUAGAGCUACUCGAUCGAAACGUGUCCACGUCGGACAUCAAAAGUGGGCUGGCAGAGUUUCUAGUCGGCAGUAACAGCUCAGAGGCUAUUGAUGAAUUUAGGCAGUGUUUUCUCAACCAGUCAGAUGAAACUCUGAAAAAUAUUGGAUUGAUGAUGCAAAUCAUAUACAAUAGCCCUUGGUGUGCACUCUUUUAACCUUCCACAAGACCUUUGGCUCAGACACUGCAGACAAGACUAUGGUCAGAACCUGACUUCUGAUUGCCAGAAACCACAAUUUUCUUUCUUCUUUUGUUCUUUUAAGUGGGAACUGCAAGACAAUUGUUGAAACCUCACAUACAUUUUCAUUUCAAUAAACUAACUGCAAAACA